UGGAGGUGAAUAAAUUAAAGGAUAGAGUUGUAGCUGUUUCCAGAGUUUUGGUUCGACGAAAACGUGUUAGUGGAGAUUGGUGUGCAUUGGAAAAUCGGUGGAAAUUCGGUUCUUAGAUAGCUCGCAUUAUUCGUGCGUUGCGAUUGGGGGUAAAAGAACUUCGAAAAUUGUCUUUAAAGCCGUAGUCGAAAAUGGGCUUCGAGAGGACAGAGAAAGAGGUAGAAGCUCCUCCAAACGAGAUGGAAAGCUACGUAGUUCAUCUUCCAAGGCCUUUGAACAUCGAAGAAAAGAAAUAUCUAUUAGCAGUGGAACGGGGCGAUCUAGUUAACGUCAAAAGAUUCAUUCAAUUUGCCAAUAAGGGUAGUGUGAACGGCAAGUCACUGGACAUAAAUUGCGUGGAUAGUUUGGGACGCGGCGCUUUGUCAUUGUCCAUUGAUUCAGAGAAUUUGGAAAUGGUUGAAUUGUUGGUGGUAAUGGGCGUGGAGACGAAGGAUGCUCUUCUCCGAGCGAUCGAUCAAGAAUUUGUGGAAGCUGUAGAGUUGCUGCUAGAGCACGAAGAAUUGCUGACUGCUAAUUUAUUGGCCGAGGAAAACUCGACGAAAGAUGUGAUCCAUAGUUGGCAGAAGAUCGAUCCAGCAUCCGCGAGAUAUCCGCCAGAAAUCACGCCUCUGAUUUUGGCCGCGCAGCGGAACAACUACGAGAUUUUGAAGUUGCUGCUGGAUCGCGGUGCCACUUUGCCCAUGCCACACGACAUUAAAUGUGGAUGUGCCGAUUGUCUGCGAUCGACCACAGGCGACCCACUGAGACUUUCGUCCACGAGGAUUUCCGAGUACAAAGCAUUGGCAAGUCCAAGCUUAAUAGCGCUCAGCUCGCCAGAUCCAUUGCUAACAGCUUUUCAAUUAAGCUGGGAACUUCGCGAACUGACGAUUGCCGAACCGGAAAGUAGGGGCGAAUAUCUGAAGCUUCGACGACAGGUGGAGAGAUUCGCCGUUGAUCUGCUGCAACAAGUGCGAACUACCACGGAAUUGCACACGAUCCUCAACUAUGAUCCUGAGGAUGAGGAGAACUUGGUCACCAGGAAGCAGCUGGCUAGAUUAGAAUUGGCCAUACAAUAUAAGCAGAAAACUUUCGUCGCUCAUUCCCACGUGCAGCAACUGUUGGCGGCGAUCUGGUACGACGGUCUACCUGGCUUUCGGCGUAUGACCACGUGGCAAAAGUGCGGCGUUCUUGCAAAAACUGCCCUCAUGUUUCCAUUCUACUCUAUAAUGUACUUACUAGCGCCAAAUUCGAAAACUGGUCAAAUGAUGCGAAAGCCAUUCGUCAAAUUUCUCGUUCACGCUGCCUCGUACGUGUUCUUUCUAUUUAUUUUGAUGCUGGUGUCGCAACGCGCAGAAGUGGAAAUAGUAAAGAUAUUCGGCAGCGAGAAGGCAAAAAGGGAUAUCGAGAUGGAACUAGCGAGACAAAGGGGCGCAGCCCCUUCGUUUCUAGAGGGUGUAGUUGUUCUCUAUGUUCUUGGAUUUAUUUGGCAAGAAAUGAGAGAGGCCUAUGUGGAUGGCUUGAAGGCAUAUUUACGAGACAUGUGGAAUUUCAUCGACUUCACCAAAAACUUUCUCUACAUCGCAACUGUGGUUCUUAGAACUGCCGCGUACCUUCAACAAAGAGCGGAGAUUAAUCAGAACCCUAUGGCAGCUUUGGUCCCGAGAGAAACAUGGAGCGAUUUCGAUCCUCAGCUAAUAGCGGAGGGUUUGUUCGCAGCCGCCAACAUCUUCAGCGCUUUGAAACUGAUUCAUUUGUUCAGUAUCAAUCCUCAUUUGGGGCCUCUUCAGAUAUCCUUAGGUAGAAUGGUGAUAGACAUCGUAAAGUUCUUCUUCAUCUACACGUUGGUACUUUUCGCCUUUGCUUGUGGCCUAAACCAACUGCUUUGGUACUUCACGGAAUUGGAGAGACGGAAAUGCUACGAUAACAUCGCGGACCCAUCUUGGGAUCCUACCAGCGAGUCCUGUUUAAGAUGGAGAAGAUUCAGCAAUCUGUUCGAAUCGUGCCAGAGUUUAUUCUGGGCUAGUUUCGGAGGAAUUGGCAUAGAAAGCUUCGAACUCGCAGGAAUCAAGACUUACACUCGAUUCUGGGGCCUGUUGAUGUUUGGUUCAUAUUCUGUGAUCAACGUGAUCGUUCUGCUGAAUCUUCUCAUCGCCAUGAUGAGCAACAGCUACGCUGUCAUCGAGGAACGCGCUGACAAGGAGUGGAAGUUCGCGCGGACGAAGCUAUGGAUGAGCUACUUCGAGGAUGGCGACACGCUUCCGCCUCCGUUCAAUAUUCUUCCGCCACCGAAAUUACUCUUCAGACUGUGCGGCCUGCAGAAGAAGAAAUUCGAAAGAGAAACGAGCGAUCGCAAGCGGACACACGAGUCUAAGUACGCAGCCGUGAUGAGAGCUCUGAUAUGGCGAUACGUAGUGAACUCGCAUUCUGAACACGAAAUGGAUCCUGUUACCGAGGACGAUGUUCACGAAUUAAAAUCAGAUUUGUCAUCUUGGAGAUGCGAAUUGCUGGAUAUCUUACAGAGGAACGGCAUGGAUAUCGCUGGGGCUGAUACUAAAGAAAGAACCAUUCUAGGCAAAAAGAUGAGGGUCUGGGAACGCCAGCUGAUGAAGGACUUCCAGGUAGCAGUUCCUGUCUCGGGUACGGAGUCCGAAGAACAGGCAGAUUCUCUUCAGCAACCGGAUGAAGACGAAGAUAACAUCGCCAGAUGGAAAAGGAUUGCCAAAUUAGCCGUAUUAAAAUCUGCUAAUCAUCGUUGGAGCCAGGUCGUGGACAGCGCGAUAAAAAGCUCUCAAAUUGGUAAAAGUAACAGCAAAGCGUCUCUUCAAAAUCAAUUGCAUUUGAAAGCAGCCAUGGAAGAAGCACAGAGAUUAAACAAUAAGAGCCCCCUGCCACCUGUGCCGCCUGUAGAGCUACCUGAAAGCACAGCUUCGACGAUUCUUCAUGUUCUUCAGGAUAUAGUCGAAACUGAGGAGAAACCGCAUGAAACAUUGACCGAACCUCCGAUUUUUACUCUCACGGCAAACCAUAAUGAAGCUGUUGUUAAAACGAAGCCCGUGAUGUCAAUGGACUAUGUCGAUGAGAAGCCCGCUAAGAUUGCACCACCAGUAUCGCUUCGUACGCCACCGCGAGUCGUCAAAAGGAAGUCCGCGAACUCUUCGACCACGGCCUACCAACAAUCGACUGAAACAUCAUCAGCACUCCCCAUCCACGCAAUGAACAAUCCCCAGUCUUCAUACGGUUCACCAGCGAGGGCCAUGAAGAAACCUAACACUGACACAGAAUCGACGUUAUCUGCCCAUACGGAUGGCAAAACGAUAAAGUCACGAUUGAAACCUACGCUGAGUCCGAAAAAGAAUUUAAACAUGCCAGAAGAUAAAGAAAAGUUAGUGGACAUAACGUCUCGAUCACCACGAGUAUCGAAUAAUAGGUCGCCUCGAAGAGGUGGCUGGCUGUGAAACACUGAAUAAAUAAUAUAAAAGAAACAUAGCUUAUGAAAUUUCAUUUAGGCAUAUGAACUGAAUUUCAUUUUAUAUUCUUUAAAGUAAACUGUUAAAUCCAAUAUUUUAAAAAGACAAAUUGUAUACUAUACAUUUUUACGACAUACGUAGAGGAGAUAAUAAAUCAGCAUCGAAAG